AUGUGCGGCAUACCCAGGGCGCCGGGUGGGCACUUCGUCACGCCGGGUCACGCGAGCGGCAGCAGCAAGCGUCGGACCGCGGCCGACCAUGACAUGGAGGCCGCAUUCCGGGACUCGGACGAGGACUCCGAGCAAGACACGGUUAUGAAGAAGCAGCGAAAGGCGGCGUUCGGGUUCGCCGCCCCCGCGACCCGGUGCAAGCAGAGGCAGCCCAGACAGUACUACGGCGUCCGGCGCCGGCCGGGGGGCAAGUGGGCGGCCGAGGUGCGUGACCCCGUCAGGGGUGUCCGCCUCUGGCUCGGCACUUUCGCCACCGUCGAGGAAGCGGCGCGCGCCUACGACCACAAGGCACGCGACCUCCGCGGCGACAGAGCCAAGCUCAACUUCCCGUCCACCGGCACUGCGGCGCCGUGCGUCCAGCUCGUGGACAACGACGACGACGACGACAGCGUUCUCGGUCGACAAUGCGCGCCGUCCGACUACAUGGAGGCCCACCACCAAGGCGGCGACGCGGCGGUCUCCAGAGGCUGCGGCUGCAGCGCCUUGCCAGACUUCUCCUGGCAGGGCAUGUCCGCGGCCGACGACGGCGCGUUGGUCUUUGACUUCCGCGUCGAGCUCGGCGGCGGCGCCCAGGAGCGCGCCCGGACAGACACAGACCCCCAGGAAGAAGAAGCCGUGGGAAACGAUGUGGCACAGGCGCCGUCCCAUGAUCCUGCCGACAUGCUGUUCGACGCUUUCAUGUUCGCCGACCAGCUGUUUAGCUCCUUCGACGGCGCCGUGUACGAGCCUGCCGCGUUGGAGAUGGACACAAUGUUGCUGUUGGGCGGCGACGCCGUGUUUUGCAACGACGGCGGGGGGCUCUGGAGCUUCGACGACGGCAGCGUGUGCUAUUAA